AAAAGAUGAUGUAAAUAGCAUGUCAAAAAAUUUCGGCAGCAGUGUUAUGGAGUGUUAAUGAAUUAUUGAAAUAUGGAUUGAACACGCGUCAAUUUACAGCAACAAGAUAUCCUUUUAAGCAAAAAUCGAUCUAUUAUUGGUCACAUUGAUGUACAUUUACUCAUUUGCAUUAUAUCAAUGUGAGGAAAGGAAGGUAAAAUAGCAUAAUAAACCAUAUACAUUACAAAUUGGUAUUCUCGCAAUUUCGAAGUGUUUUGUUUGGGAUCGGUAAAAAACGGAAGUGAUAGAAGUGAAAAUAGUUUAUAUUGUCGACAAUGAUGAGAAUGAUGCUUAUUAUCCGAGGAUCUAUAAGUUGGUUGAUAUGUUUAUCCCUGCUUCAACUUUGCGUUUGUGUUAAAGUGCCAAGAAAAUAUCUGCAGUCCGACCCUGCCGAAAUUGGAAUCAGUUCAGUAGUGCCUUUAGCUUCAGGCAAUGGGAAUGGUACUACAAACGAAUCCGGAACAGGAGACAUGCCGUUUAAUAGAUCAAUUUUACCGCUGGAUGAAAACAAGAAAAGUAUGUCUAAACAAAAGCUGUAUCAAGAGAAUCUGAAUGGUAAAAAAGGGCAUUCUAUGACAGCGGCUGCUUCACUGAAUUUCAACGGGGAAACGACACACUUGCUCGGUUUUAAUGGUACAGGACAGAAAAAAGUUUUUCCGAAUGAUGAAGAGAGCGCAAACAAAAGCGUUUUCCCUAGUCCAACAAAGCUAUUGGGAGCUGUUGGUCUUAAUACAUCACUAAUUGCCGACUCAUCAACUAGGGAUCCAAUCAGCGAUGCAAUCAACAUCGAUACCAUCGAACGCACCGAAACAGAAUUGAACAGCACUCUUCAAGAACAUAACAUAACUAAAACGUUUGAAGAUAAUCAUUUAUACUACAAAAGCACUUGGUCAACUGAUAAAACUAUGAGCGAGGAGUUUUGGAAAAAAAUAUCUACCAACCUUACCGUCAAUAUGCUGCUUUCUAAUUCACACCGGCGAGCAACUACUAUGAUUUUAUCAUUCGAUUUCCCAUUCUACGGCUUCCCUAUUCGUAAUGUAACAAUCGCAAGCGGAGGAUUUUUAUACACCGGGGACUAUGUGCAUUCGUGGUUGGCAUCGACGCAAUAUAUAGCUCCUUUGAUGGCUAAUUUUGAUACUGCAUUGUCCAAUAAUUCCUUUGUCAAAUAUCGAGAUGAUGGCGAAACAUUUACCGUGGUAUGGGAAAAUGUGAUUCUUCAAGAUCGUCCUAGCAAUGGCACAUUCACAUUCAGCGUUACAUUGAAUAAAUCUGGUGAUAUAGUGUUUGCAUACAAAAAAAUCCCUAUCAGUAUUCAACACAUAUUUGAAAAUCCUUUGAUGAAAAACCAUCCAGUUAAAAUAGGACUUUCAGAUGCGUAUAUAAUUGAUAAAACAAUCAUGCGUACCAAACAAAAAACCAUUUACGAAUAUCAUCGUGUUAAUUUUGGACAAACUGAAGUGACGAAUGAUACUAUUAUUACAUUAACAUCUCUCCCUACUUGUUUCUCAUUUAAAGAUUGUGAAUCUUGUAUAACUCAUGAAGGAGCCGAUUUUGAGUGUUUAUGGUGUCCAACCAUGAAUCGAUGUUCAACUGGAACAGAUCGUAAGCGCCAAGAUUGGGUACAUAAAGGAUGUGAAGCAACAACAAUUUCUGAGAUAUUAUACUGUCCUGCUCUUGGGCAAAAAGGUAAUAAUUAUGGAGAAUCUAUGGACGUAACAUCCAAAAUAACGGAUAGGUACAAUAGCACCAGUAGCAUAAGAGAUAAUUAUCAACCAGCACAAGAUGACAAACUUCAUCAAAACACAAAUGGCGUCGCCCAGAAUGGAAGUUAUAUUCAUAAUGGAUCUAAAAAAGAAGAAUUCGUCAACAAAGCCCACUUAUAUCAUACAACUGACAUGGAUAGUGGUUCGAGCAACAAACUGAUAGUUUCUCUGCUUGUUAUCAUUUUAAUUUUGCUAAUAUGCGGCUGUUGGGUGUUAUAUGCCUACCGAAACCCACACACGAAAAGUGGACAAUUGUUAAUUAGGAUUUUCAAAUGGAAAAAGUAUCGUCCUAACAAGUGGUUAUGGCGACGUGGCGAGGCACGUUAUACUGCAGCUUCCAUUCACAUGUGAGAGCCCGAGCCCCGUUAAGAAUGAAUUCCAAGAACAGUCCGUCCAUAACAUCUUGCCGUGCAUGGUCUUUUUGUAAUCAUUUUUGCAAUUUAUUUCCCUGUUUAAGAAGCAAUCGAAUUUUUCAGAGCAUCUUUACUAUCCUCGGAUAUGCUCAAUAGAAUUUGUUGUUAGCUUGUUAAUUUAUCGAUGAAGUAAUCAUAUACGUUUGGAAAAGAUCAAUGUAAAAGUUAUGCAAGCCUGAAAAUAUCUCAAACGGCAUUUCAUGGAAAUGCCACAAAUAAAAAGUAUAUUCAAAUAAUUAUA